ACAGCGAAACCAGGAGGAAGCCAGCCCCGUGCCUGGAGGGGAUCCGCCAUCUCAGAUCUCUCGGCCUUGCCAGGGCCCACCAGAGAAAACUGACGCUCUGGUCCGGCAAUACCUAUGGGGGACCAACCUUGUGCCUCCGGGAGAUCCACGCUCCCACCAGGAAAUACGCGGGAACCCAAGCCUCCAAAAAAGCGCUGUCUCCUGGCUCCGCGGUGGGAUUAUCCAGAAGGGACUCCCAGUGGAGGUAGCAACACUCUCCCCUCGGCGCCUCCUCCUGCAUCUACUGGACUCAAGUCUCACCCUCCUCCUCCGGAGAAGUAGUGAAAUAGAUUUUUUUCUCAGCCUAAAUCAGUCUUUGAGAGAUUGCAGUAUGACUCCAUUUCCUUGGUGCAUUUGUAAAAUAGUUCACCCAUUGAAGACCAUGAAGACUCUUUCCAAUGCUACCCUGCUUUUGCUGGUGUCCUGCACCUGGAAAUUGUGAUGCUCAAGACAAGAGCUGUUACCGAGAUGAAGAUAGGCUGGCCGGCCAGGGAGUCCAAGUGACCAGGAGCCCAGUGAGUUCAGACAUUGUACCAGGUGCCCAUACUGCAAAAAUAAGAUGUCUAACUCACCCACUAAAGCCAUAAACCAGUUUGUAUUAUGAUGUAAUGACUGUGAUUUCACCUCCAGAAUUUGGAUGAAUUUAGGACGUGGGCAAGAUCGGGUUGUAGACUUCUAGGAAUGAAGCAUGGUGUGUGUGAAUCAUGGUAAACCCACCAAAGCAAGUAAUGCCCCUGAGAUGAUCCUGCAGAAGCCAAUCAUUGCUCUCUUUUGUUGAUGCCCAGUCUUUGCUGUAUUACAUUAAAAUCGCAUAAAUCAUUUAUGUCCAAAUAAAUUUGGUCUUGCUGCUGUGUUAACGCUA